AUGGCAAUUAAUCCGAUUACUAUAAUUCUUAUUGAAUCAUUUGUUUUCGCCUUGUUCAGUCGAUCCUUAGCCAUUAAUCGAGUUACAUUCAACGUUUUAGAUUUAGGAGCAAAGGUUGAUGGCAAAACUGAUUCGACUACGGCUUUCUUGAAAGCAUGGUCCGCAGCUUGUGGCUCGCCUGGUCCAGCCACAAUCUACGCACCUCGGGGAAGGUACUUGGUUAAGAAUGCACACUUCAAAGGACAAUGCAAGAACAAAGCUAUAAGAGUUAGAAUCGACGGUACACUCGUGGCACCUUCGGAUUAUGAUGUGAUCGGAAAUGUAGGUAACUGGCUCUUAUUUGAGGGAGCAGAUGGGGUUUCAAUUGAAGGUGCCAUUCUUGAUGGACAAGGCAAUGGCUUGUGGGCCUGUAAGAGUACCGGCAAGAGUUGCCCUAGUGGCGCAACGACAUUGGGGAUUUCAAACUCAAAAGAUGUUGCAAUCAAUGGAUUAACGUCGCUAAAUAGUCAAAUGUUCCAUAUAGUAAUCAACGGAUGUGACAACGAAGAGCUUCAAGGAGUAAAAGUUUUGGCUUCAGGCAAUAGCCCUAACACAGAUGGCAUUCACGUCCAACUGACGACAGGAGUCACAAUCUUGAACUCUAAGAUCAGUACCGGAGAUGACUGCAUCUCAAUUGGUCCAGGAACCUCAAACUUGUGG